AGCCGCCGUCCCUCCUGGGGUGUCUUCUCCUUAAUUACGUUCACGUUAAUUUAGGCGCUUGGGACCGGCUCACCCUCUCCCCCAAGCCAGCAGCCUCCACAAACAUCCUGAAAAGCAACCUGAUCAGAUGUUCCUCCUCUAGGCAGUUACAGGGAUUUUUCUCUCCCAAGCGGUUUGGAGCGGGCGAGCGAGAGCGCUUGGGUUUUCCAGCCUGCUCCUCCCACCAGAGACAACCUCCCGCUGCCUCUCCGCCGAGCACCACUGCACACACGGCUCCGCCGCGGCGUGCGGGACGCGGGCAGACCGCGCCGCUCCCGCUCCCGCCGCCGCCGCCGGGGGAAGCGCCUCGGGCCGCCGCCGCCGCCGCCGCCGCCGCUCCGUCCAUGGGCCGGGGCCGCUAGGCAGCCCCCGCCGCCGCCGCCGCCGCCGCCGGCGGGCCGUGAGCGGGCUGCGGCGCCUCCGCGGGGGCUGCCGGCCGCCGCAGUGAGCGCGGGGCCGCGCCGUCCCUCCGCGCCGCUCCGCGCCGCGCAUGCUGCUGGGGCGCGUCCCGCGGCGGGGCAGCCCCGCGCCGCCCCUCCGCAGCAGCAGCAGCAGCAGGAGCAGGAGCAGGAGCAGCAGCAGCAGCAGCAGGAGCAGCAGCAGCACCAGCACCAGCAGCAGCAGCACCAGCCGCCGCCGCGCCGCGAUGCCGGCGGCGGGGCGCGGGCAGCCCGCCUCCUGGCUCCUGGUGCUGGGCGCCGCCGCCCCCGCCCUCUGGUUGCGCUGCGUCCUCGCCGACUUCACGGUGGACAACGAGGUGCACUCCAGCUUCAUCCACCGGCGGCUGCGCGGCCCCGAGCGCCGCGAGAUGCAGCGGGAGAUCCUCUCCAUCCUCGGCCUGCCGCACCGCCCGCGGCCCCACCUCCACGGCAAGCACAACUCGGCCCCCAUGUUCAUGCUGGACCUCUACAAUGCCAUGUCCGUGGAGGAGGGGGCGGCGGGGGCCGCCGCCGAGGAGGGCGAGGGCUUCUCCUACCCCUACAAGCCCAUCUUCAGCACCCAGGGGCCGCCCCUGGCCAGCCUGCAGGACAGCAACUUCCUCACCGAGGCCGACAUGGUCAUGAGCUUCGUCAACUUGGUGGAGCAUGACAGAGAGUUUCACCAUCAGCGCUGCCACUACCGAGAGUUCAGGUUUGAUCUCUCCAGAAUCCCGGAGGGGGAAGCGGUGACGGCUGCCGAGUUCAGGAUAUAUAAGGAUUACAUCCGCGAACGCUUCGAUAAUGAAACGUUCCAGAUUAGCGUCUACCAGGUACUCCAGGAGCACCCGGGAAGGGAUUCAGAUUUGUUCCUGCUUGACUCUCGAACAAUCUGGGCUGCAGAAGAAGGGUGGCUGGUGUUUGACAUUACCGCAACCAGUAAUCACUGGGUGGUGAAUCCCCAACACAAUCUUGGCCUGCAGCUAUCCGUGGAAGGCAUCGACGGGCAAAGCAUCAAUCCCAAACUGGCGGGUCUUAUUGGAAGGCACGGCCCGCAGAACAAGCAGCCAUUCACAGUAGCCUUCUUCAAAGCCACCGAGGUCCACCUCCGCAGUAUUCGCUCCACGGGAGGGAAGCAAAGGAGCCAGAAUCGAUCAAAAACGCCAAAGAACCAGGAAGCUUUCCGGGUGUCCAACAUCGCAGAGAACAGCAGCAGCGACCAGCGACAAGCCUGCAAGAAGCACGAGCUCUACGUCAGCUUCAGGGACCUAGGGUGGCAGGACUGGAUCAUUGCUCCGGAGGGCUACGCUGCGUAUUACUGUGAAGGAGAAUGUGCUUUCCCGUUGAAUUCGUACAUGAAUGCUACAAAUCAUGCCAUUGUACAGACACUGGUUCACUUUAUAAACCCAGAGACUGUGCCGAAACCCUGCUGCGCUCCUACACAACUCAAUGCCAUCUCAGUGCUCUAUUUUGAUGACAGCUCCAAUGUUAUCUUAAAAAAAUACAGGAACAUGGUGGUACGAGCAUGUGGCUGUCAUUAGAUUUGUAGGAAAGAAAAAAAAAAAAGUUAUUUGUAAAGAGUGGUUUUGUAUGGCUAUAUGGGGGAAGGGAAAAGGUUAGCACUCCAGCAAUGGGUUUAAAAAAAUCCCAAACAGUUUUUAGGACCGGGCUUCUGAAAGUUCAGACAAUGGAACAGUUUCUGGAUCUAAGUGGUAUUUGAACACAUUUUGUUUUAGUUUAUUACAGACAAUGAGCUUGUAAACUGAAACAAGCCAGAGAAACCAUUUAAAACCAAAUCUGCCUACAAAAUUGGCUCCUACAAUACAUACUUUUGCAAAUGAGUCUUUCUGAAGAUUGCAAACUCAGUGUUGAUUGUGAGUUAAAAAAUAAUAAUCUAUCCAAGGUGAGAAUGUGCUGUGACUAAUAAGCAUGUGUAGUUCCUGUAACACAGUUUGCAAUAAAAUAAGUGAACAAAAUAUACCUGGAGUGAACAGGUAUUUUGUUAGAGAAUUAUUACUUCCAUCCCUCUGUUUGCUUCAAUUUCAUAAGCAAAACCAAAGAUUAAUUACCUGCAACUUCUAGUUUUAAACUAUAGUAGCAAAACCUAUAUCUGGAUCGAUGCAAAUUCAAAGGACAGAUCAGUCUAAGAAAAAAAAAAAAUUCUAAUUGGCAAGCAAAAGAACUGAAGAAAAUAAUUCCAAAGAGCAAGACUUUUUGGGUAUACUUUUUUCUGUCAACAGGGAAGGAAACUUCCUCUAGCAACCAGAAAGAAUUUGAAUUUGCUAUGAACUUGAAACAGGAAAGCAGCAAAAUGUUAAGAAACAGGGAUUAAACCUAACGUUUAGCUGGGGUAUCCUAAGCAGUUACAGAGUUGUGAAAGCCAGCUAAAGAUCCUGCUUCUGUUUGGAAAAUGUCCAUUGACUUCACUGACAGAACAAGUUCCAAUGCUUUUUUGACAACAUGGAGGCUCAAGUGCAGAAGGUGCUGUAAGCUGGGACAUACACCCAGCACCACACAGACCCAGCUAGAAACAAGCUAGGAAACGUUACUGCCCAGGGUCAGUGUUUACGAUAAAACCCCUGCUCUACUAUUGGCUUCACCUUUAAAAAAAAAAAAAAAAAAAAAAAAAUCCUUCUCAAGAGCCACACCAACAAACUGGAACCAGGAGCAAGAAAACGUCCCCUCAAGGCUUUUCUUUUUCCUUUUUUUAAAGUCACAGGUUACACAAACAUCACACUUAUGUAAUUAAAACUCAAUUAAAGUUGUUGUGAAGAAGAAUACAAAGUAGCACUAACCAAUCACAAACCAAUUCAACACUUUGGCAUACGCUGUGGUUACAAAAGUAGGAUUGGCAUAAAUUUCACCAGGGAGAUAAAAAAGAAAAUUCUGUCCAAUAAAACACCAGGUCCACAGCACAUCCAGCUCUAAAUCUCCAAACUUCAAAAACCUAAACCUCCAACAGAUGGGUCCAGAACAUAAUAAAUCCAUGGAGAUGGUUCCCUCUGCUCAGUGAGUGGACAGGGCGAUGCAGCCGCAGUGGGAACUUGGCUCCGUAUCUUGCCUUAGAGGAGAGUUAGAGAAAGAAGAUAAAUGAACGCAACCGCCCGAUUCUGGAAAUCACUCACUGCUCUUCUUCCUUUAAGUCACAGAUCAAAUCCAGACCAGAUGCCUCACUUUAAAAAGAAUAAGCAAAGGAAGAAAAAAAAUUACUGUCUAUGAAAUAAAUUGGAAGCUUGUUUCUGAUGGUCUAAUACUAAUCUCAUUUAAGUCAAUUGGUGUUUUCCCAGCAGUUUUCUAAGUAGCAGGAUUAGGCUCAUGGGAAAGUGGAAUUCUCUCCACGACAUCGGUAGGUUUUGGACCGGGGCCUCGGUGAGCGGUUGCCACAUUGCCAGAUGUGACCAGCUUCCAGCCCAGGCAACUCAAACUUCUGCAGGACCAGCCUGGCCGCAGCACACGGGCUCUGCAAGUGCAACUCCAGCAAACUUCCUAGCUGCCCCAAGGUGAGACUUGGACCACGCGCAGCCAAACGGCACGACAACACCUGCGGCCCAAAGACCGUCUUCUCCCUGGAGCCUGCAGACGAGACCAUCUACGAUAAACAGCCCAAACUGCCCUCGGCGCGUCUCUUCUUUAGAGCGAGGUACUGAAAUCACACAGAUUGGAAGUGUCUUUUGACAUUGUAUACGUAUAUACACCAGUGCUUCUGUAAACCUCCUAAAGGAGGUUAAGGUGCUGCCUAGAAAGUUAAAAGCUAAUCGUGCCUAAACUUCCACUAUUUAGUAGUCAAGGAUUAGUUUUUCUUGCGGGUGUUUCAGUGUUGGUGGUCACUGCGUUGGUGUAUUGCAUUUUUAACUCGGACCACGGUAUCUUGCUGUAUAGGAUUCAUAUAUUAAAUAUUAUGUGGGGAUUGUUUCUGUUUUGUUUUGGUUUUUUGAAACGUAACAACAGGAUUUCUGUUGCUAGGCUCAACAUCAGCUUCACUGUUUGUACAUUUUUAUGUAAAUAGUUGUCACAAGCGGAAGAAGAAUUAUUUAUUUCCACCUCGGAAUUCCUUUUCAGUCACAUCCAGGAAAAAUGAUUCUCGGUUCCUAAACACAUUUGUUUCCUUAUUUAAGAAGAUAUUUAUUAACAGUUGGCAAAAAUGCAUACACGUUUCUGGUUCUUUUCACACAGGAGUUGUCAGAAGCCUUUUGUACAAACUAGUAAAAUAAAUCAUUGCAACUUUGCAAAAGAUAUCCCAACAAA